AUGUCGGAUCCCGAGAAGACGCGUACUACCAGCACUGAGCACAAUGAAGGCCCUCCUCAGUUGGAGAAGGGCGCGGUGCCCGCAGAGGCCAUCUCAGCUACCUUGGAGGUCACGGGUGGUGCACCCAAUCCAUGGGGCAAGGGCCAUCUGAAGCUGUACGGCGCAUGCCUGGUUAUCUACCUCUGCUCAACAAUGAACGGCAAGUCUCCCCUACAACAGGCUCCCAUGCCGUAUAGGACGCGACUAAUUGUUACAGGUUAUGAUGGCUCGCUCAUGGGCUCUAUCAACGCCCUCCCUGAGUAUCAGGAAUACUACAACCUGGGCAAAGGCGGGACUUCCACCACCGGCCUCGUCUUCUCCAUCUUCCAGAUCGGUCAGAUGAUCGGUGCCCUAUUCACCUGGAUCUGUGACUGGCGCGGGCGAAAGAUUACCAUGAUCGUUGCUUGCUUCGGCAUCCUUGCCUCGGCCAUCUUUACCGCGCUGGCACCAACUCUGGCGUCCUUCAUUGGCGCGCGAUUCCUCCUCAGCUUCUUCUCUACCAUUGCCACCGUGGCGGCACCGCUGCUCCUCGUCGAGAUCGCGCCGCCGCUGCACCGAGGCGCUGUGGCCGGCGCAUACAACACGCUCUAUUACAUGGGUAGCAUUAUCGCUACGUUUGCCAUGUAUGGCGCGAACCUGCACUUGAGUGGUAACCUCAAAUGGCGGCUGCCUCUCUGGCUUCAGAUGCUGUGCCCUGGCCUCGUCUGCAUCCUUGGCUGGAUCGUUCCCGAGAGUCCUCGAUGGCUCAUUGCCAAGGGCCGAUACGACGAAGCCCGCAACUUCAUCAUCACCCAUCACGCCAACGGCGAUGCUCAUCAUCCUAUCGUGGCCAUCGAGAUGAACGAAAUCGAGGCCUCGCUGCGGGACGGUCAGCUGCGCUCCGCCAAGUCGUACUUUGACCUGCGAACACUCGUCAAAUCGCGCAGCAGGCUGUAUCGUCUGAUGCUUGCCAUGACAAUGGCUUGGUUCGGACAAUUCUCUGGCAACAAUGUGUCUAGCUACUAUCUGCCUGUGAUGGUGGAGAAUGUUGGCAUCACUUCCGUCAAUACUGUCCUCCUCCUCAACGCCAUCUAUGCCGUUACGGGCUGGAUCGCAGCGACAGCUGGAGCCCGGCUGCACGACAUCUUUGGCCGCCGUAAGAUGCUCAUGUCCUCUUGCGCUGCCAUGUCCGUAUCGCUGGCAGUUGUAGCAGCCACCGCCGCCAAGUACGAGCAGACGGCAAGUAAGACGGCCAGCUCUGCCAGCAUCGCCUUCAUCUACAUCUUUGGCGUCGUAUUCGCCAUCGCUUUUACCCCCAUGCAGCCAAUCUACCCGGCUGAAGUCCUCGCCAACGACAUGCGUGCCAACGGCAUGAUGAUGUUCCAGAUCACGGCCGGAUGCGCCAGCUUUGUCAACACUUUUGCCGCUCCCAUCGCCAUGAAGAACAUCAAGUAUUGGUUCUACGUGUUUUUUGUAUUCUGGGACAUUUUCGAGCUCGCCUUCAUCUACUUCUUCUACGUUGAGACCAAGGGCCGGACUCUGGAGGAACUGGACCAGGUCUUUGAGGAAAAGAACCCACGCAAGGCCAGUACGCGCAAGGUCACCGUGGAGUAA